AUAAGCCCGCUAUUUAUUAAUCACCUCUGCAACGGCUUGUGUUGAAGCGAUUCAGUUGUGAGCGCUGAAAAAGCUUAUUCCUUUUCGAUCCUCAAUCAGUCAUCCAUGGCUCCCAGCAAGUUUGACUCCAGUGCUUCAUGUGGAGAUGGAGAUGCAAGUAUUUCAUGCUCAAAAACAGAAAAUAGUGUUGCGGAUUCGCUUCCCCUUUUCCAUUCUGAGAAGGCAGUGGAAGAACUUCUUCAAGAAACUCCUUUACAGGGGAUGGAUGAUCAUCUAAUUGAAUUCUCUGAGGCCAUGAGAACUGUUGCAAAGGCAUUACGAAGAGCUGCCGAAGCGAAGGCUUCUGCUCAAGCUGAGGCUGCUGAGUGGAAGCGUAGAUAUGAACUGGAGAGAGCAAGGAAUAUGGAGUUGAAGCAUAAAGAGCAAUUACCUGGAGAUCAUACUGGUAACUUUGAUGGUGUGAGGGCAGGGAAUUUGGUUAAUGAACAAGUGUGGCAGAAUGGACGAAAUGAGCAUUCUGAGGAAGGUUGUAUGGAGCAUGGGAUUUGCUCCCAUGAGGUUCUUCACAAUGGGGAAUCUGAUUCCAGUUCCAAUGUGGCUAAUAAUAACAUCAUGAUGAGAAAGGCAUCUUUUAAACUUUCAUGGCGGUGCAAGGGUGCAAAUGGUGAUCAGCACAAACAUGAUGUUGUCUCUUUUGAAAGAGGAAACAUUACUACUGCAGAGCGCAGCAGUAAACAGAUUUCUUUGAAGUGGGAAUCUGAUCCCCAGACUGUGUUUAUUUUGACAAAACCAAAUUCAGUUUCUGUUCGGAUUCUUUGUGCAGAAAUGGUCAGAUGGUUGAAAGAGCAUAAAAAGUUAAACAUUUAUGUGGAGCCACGUGUGAGAGCUGAGCUUCUAACAGAGUCAUCUUACUUCAACUUUGUACAGACAUGGAAAGAAGAGAGUGAAGUUAUGCUUCUGCACACACAAGUUGACCUCGUGAUAACACUUGGUGGAGAUGGAACUGUUUUAUGGGCAGCAUCAAUGUUCAAGGGUCCCGUUCCUCCAAUUGUCCCGUUUUCUUUAGGGUCUUUGGGCUUUAUGACCCCCUUCCAUACUGAGCAUUACAGAGAUUGCCUUGAUUCAAUUCUACGGGGGCCCAUCAGCAUAACCUUACGACACCGCUUGCAGUGCACUGUUAUUAGGGAUGCAGCUAAAAAUGAAUAUGAAACUGAAGAGCCUAUUCUAGUCUUGAAUGAGGUUACAAUUGACCGUGGCAUAUCAUCAUUCCUCACAAAUCUUGAGUGCUACUGUGACAACUCCUUUGUCACUUGUGUUCAAGGGGAUGGUUUAAUUUUAUCAACUACGUCUGGUAGCACUGCAUAUUCCUUGGCAGCUGGAGGUUCAAUGGUCCAUCCACAGGUUCCAGGCAUCUUGUUUACACCCAUUUGUCCACAUUCAUUAUCCUUCCGGCCUCUGAUAUUGCCUGAGCACGUAACAGUGCGUGUACAAGUACCUUUUAAUAGCAGAAGCCCUGCCUGGGCAUCAUUUGAUGGCAAGGACAGAAAAAAGUUAGAACCUGGGGAUGCACUUGUAUGCAGCAUGGCACCUUGGCCCGUGCCUACAGCAUGUCCAGUUGAUUCCACAAAGGAUUUUCUGCGCAGUAUCCACGAUGGCCUCCACUGGAAUCUGAGAAAGACACAGUCAUUUGAUGGCCCUCGUGAUUCGUAAACUGCAUUUUUUCAGCUUCAGCUCAGAGGAAAAAGAAGCAAGUCUAGUUGGAGUCUAACUUGUUGCCUGGUCUUACCUUCUUAGAGUCAUCAUAAAAGGGGGAAAACUAAUCUGUAAUGGUUGUAAAUCCUUCCCAUGUUUCCAAAAACAUUUCAUUAAUCAUGUAGCUUCCCCCUCCAACCCACCCCCAAAGGUUGCAGAAACACUUCCAUUAUUAUCUUCUUUUGAUGAUCACGAAUAAUGUAGAUGAUACCUACUUGAUGCAAUUAGAAUAAAAAGAAAAAAAAUAGUGGCACUUUAGCAUUCUAGUUCUGUUG